GAAAAAGAGAGCGAAUAAAGAGUGUUUUUUGACCUCCAAUCGUUCUUGAAUGAAAAAGUUUAGUCUUAUAAAAGUAAUCAGCUGGGAAAGAAGUUGAUAAGUAGCGAUUGUCAUUUCAAAAAAAUAUUUUAAUUCAAUUUUUAUAAGUCAAAUAAUGACGGUGACAGUCAAGACAGUUCCAACGACUCCAUUUGAAGGCCAAAAACCAGGAACUAGCGGUUUACGCAAAAAAGUAAAGGUUUUUGCCGAAAAGAAUUAUACUGAGAACUUCAUCCAGUGUAUUUUGGAAGCUGCUGGAGAGUCUGUUAUUAAUGGAUCUUUAUUAGUUGUUGGUGGGGAUGGACGAUUUUUCCUUAAAGAAGCUAUUGACAUAAUCAUUAAAAUGAGUGCUGCAAACGGCGUGUCAAGAUUAAUGAUUGGUCAAAAUGGAAUCUUAUCAACUCCCGCUGUAUCUUCUCUUAUUCGUUCUAAUAAGGCUAACGGUGGAAUCAUCUGCACAGCUUCUCAUAAUCCAGGUGGUCCCGAUAAUGACUUUGGAAUCAAGUUCAAUUGCGAGAACGGUGGUCCAGCACCUGAUGCUUUCACCAAUAAAAUGUUUGACAUCUCAAAGACUAUUAAGGAAUACAAAAUAGCUGAAGGCAUUAAUGUUGACUUGAAUGUCAUCGGAACUAACAAAUUCGAUGUCAAUGGAAAGCCAUUUGUUGUUGACGUCAUUGAUGCUGUAGCUAAUUACGUUGAGUUGAUGAAAGAAAUCUUUGAUUUUGGUAAAUUGAAGGAAUUCGUUAGUGGAUCUAAGCCACUUAAGAUGAGAAUUGAUGGAUUAAACGGAGUAACUGGACCCUAUGUCCGUGAAAUCUUUGUCAAUCAGCUCGGUGCUAGUGAUAGUAAUGUCGUCCACACAAUUCCAUUGCCUGAUUUUGGAAAUCUUCAUCCAGAUCCAAACUUGACUUACGCAAAAGACCUUGUUGAUCAACUUUCUGCUGGAGAUUAUGACAUUGGAGCCGCUUUUGAUGGCGACGGAGAUAGAAACAUGAUUUUAGGUCAUAAAGCAUUCUUUGUUACACCUAAUGAUUCUCUUGCCAUUAUUGCUGAUUUUGUUGACUGUAUUCCUUACUUUAAGAAGAAUGGCGUUACUGGAUUCGCUAGGAGUAUGCCAACUGCUGCUGCUUUAGAUCGUGUUGCCAAAGCUAAGAAUCUAGAAGUUUUUGAAACUCCAACUGGCUGGAAAUACUUUGGUAACUUGAUGGACGCAAAUCGUUUAUGUUUGUGCGGUGAAGAGUCAUUCGGUACUGGAUCUAAUCAUAUUCGUGAAAAGGAUGGAAUUUGGGCAGCACUUGCUUGGUUGUCAAUCAUGGAACAUACGAAGAAGUCAAUUGAGGAAAUUUCUAAAGAUUUCUGGAAGAAAUAUGGACGUAAUUACUUCACACGAUACGAUUAUGAAGAGUGUGAGCUCGCGCCAUGCAAUCAAAUGAUGACUGAUCUUGAAAAUCUCAUUACUAAGCCUGAAUUUGUUGGAAAGGAAUUUUCAAAUGGCGGAAAAAUCUACAAAGUCAAACUUGGUGAUAAUUUUAGCUAUAAAGAUCCAAUUGAUGGAUCUGUGGCCACAAAUCAAGGUCUUCGAAUUAUUUUUGAGGACGGUUCAAGAAUUGUCAUGAGAUUGUCUGGCACUGGAAGUUCUGGUGCUACAGUCAGAAUGUAUAUUGAAGCUUAUGAAGCAACUAAUGUCUUAGAAGCUGCAUCAGAGAUGCUUAAGCCACUUAUUAAUAUUGCAUUGGAAAUUUCACAAAUGAAAAAGUAUACAGGUCGUGACGCCCCAACUGUUAUCACAUAAGCUCCUUAAUAAAAUCAUGCUGAUACUAGUUCUCACGUUUUUUUAAAAUAAUUAUUAUUUAAAGAAAUUUUAAUUGGCGAUAUUAUUGUGCAUUUUUUUGUUAUUCAAUGAAUAAGAUUCAAAGUUGAUCAUUUUCAAAUUUAUCAAAUUUAAAAAAAAAAUAAACAAAAUUAUUGAGAAAGUGUAAAUGAA